CUCAUUUUUCAACAUUCAUCUAAUCGUAGUGCGAUACGGUGCUAGAAUUUUAUGAAGAAUAUUUUCAUAGAUUAAAGUGUGAACAUUACUGUUUGCUAAUUGUAUUGCUAUUGUGAUGUUAUGUCUUGCGUGAGUAAUGCAUUUCUCGUUAGUAGCAUUGAUCUGAAAUAACAAAAAUGGAUAGUGAAUUUUCUCAUUUUGGAUACGUUUUUGAAGAGAAAUUUUCGUGAAACGAUAUAAUUCACCGAAGAAAUCAACUUUUUAUGAGAGAUUUCUGAAGCAAAUCAACUUCCACGGACGUAGCAUCUCAUUUAUAUACAGACGAGACAGAUUCGUAGUGUUAUCUUGUGUAAACAUCGCAUUCCGCCCAUUGGGAAAUAGGAGAUUAAUUCCGUAGUUCCACUCUAUCUAGGCUACUUCCGAAGAUGCACUGUAACGACAAUUCAGUAGCCCAAUUCAAUAGCUGAUAAGUCUUAAUUUGCCAAGAAUAGUGAAGCUUUACAAAUAGUUCAGACGGAAUGGAAAAAUUUCCUUUGAAGGGAACAAAUCUUUCCACAUCAUCAUCGGUGGUUAGCACCCAUCCUCUAAGCGGAGAUCUUCCCUCUUAUCAGGCUGUCAACAAAAAGGUUGCAUCUUCAUCAGCAAAUGAGAAGAAAUUCAUAAACACGACAUCACUAUCGGCCGCAUCGGACAACGAAAUGAUUGACAUAACGCCGAGUAGUGUGACUAAUCCCAACUAUCAGUACCAGUCGGCAUCGAACGGCAAUCACCGAGAAGACGAACUGGAUACUAACAAUGUAAAUGAUGGGAGUGGUCUAGCCAGGGGAUUGCAUGGUGGCAGCGAUAGUAGCGUACGGACAUCGCCCACGCACUCUAGAUUCGGAAGAGAUUUCCAUACGGAUCAUGAAGGUAUUUCUUUCUCCGGAAUGACCGACACCAGCGAUGACAUUCCUGGCAUUGGCCAGUACGACGAUUUUCACACGAUAGAUUGGCAACGCGAUAUAGCUCGAGAUCGGAUGCGUCACAGGUACAUCGUGAAGAAACGACAGGACUCGUUUUGGGAUCUUAUAAAGGGUGCACAUGAUGCAUCAUCGGGUUGGGUUUGUGUACUGCUGGUUGGUCUAUUCACCGGCUGCGUUGCUGGUCUCAUCGACAUCGGAGCCAGCUGGAUGACGGAUCUCAAGUUUGGAAUAUGCCCUCAAGCGUUUUGGUUGAAUCGAGAACAAUGCUGCUGGUCAUCGAACGAAACGAGCUUCGUCAGUGGGAACUGCUCUCAGUGGUACACGUGGUCGGAGAUCAUAGCUUCAUCUCGAGAGGGCGUGGGCGCCUACAUCAUAUCAUAUUUUUUCUACAUCGCGUGGGCGAUGUUAUUUGCACUUUUGGCAGCGUCUUUGGUGCGCAUGUUUGCACCGUACGCGUGCGGUUCCGGUAUACCGGAAAUAAAAACAAUCCUUUCAGGGUUUAUCAUUCGCAGCUACCUGGGGAAGUGGACGUUAAUCAUUAAAUCCGUCGGUCUGAUACUGGCCGUGUCAACGGGGCUUAGCCUCGGCAAAGAAGGUCCUAUGGUUCACAUAGCAAGUUGUAUAGGAAACAUAUUGUCGUAUUUGUUCCCAAAAUAUGGCCGAAACGAAGCUAAAAAGCGGGAGAUUAUUUCGGCCGCAGCAGCAGCAGGAGUAUCUGUGGCUUUUGGAGCACCUAUUGGAGGCGUUCUGUUCAGUUUGGAAGAGGUUUCCUAUUACUUCCCGCUGAAAACGCUGUGGAGGUCGUUUUUCUGUGCACUGAUUGCCGCCUUUAUUCUGCGUUCAAUUAAUCCUUUCGGAAACGAGCAUUCGGUGUUAUUCUAUGUAGAAUAUAAUAAGCCGUGGAUUUUCUUCGAGUUGGUGCCUUUCAUCGGGCUGGGAGUUAUUGGGGGCAUCAUUGCUACACUGUUUAUCAAAGCGAACCUGUGGUGGUGUCGGUUCCGUAAAUACAGCAAGUUGGGUCAGUAUCCGGUGACAGAAGUGUUGGUGGUCACACUGAUAACCGCCAUCAUCGCAUACCCGAAUCACUACACACGCAUGAAUACAAGCGAAUUGAUCUAUUUGCUGUUCAGUCAGUGUGGAAUCUCCAACAGGGAUUACCUCUGUGACUAUAACCGAAAUUUCACUGACGUUAAUUCAGCAAUUGAAAUCGCAGCCGCUGGUCCGGGUGUGUACAAAGCAAUCUGGUUGCUGACUCUGGCCCUCGGAAUGAAAUUGGUAAUGACCAUAUUCACAUUCGGUAUGAAGGUACCAUGUGGGCUGUUCAUCCCAUCUCUGGCCCUUGGAGCAAUCAUGGGUCGUAUCGUUGGAAUCGGUAUGGAACAACUAGCUUAUCACUAUCCCAAGAUAUGGAUAUUCUCAGGAGAAUGCUCAACUGGCGACGACUGCAUCACACCGGGCUUGUAUGCUAUGGUUGGAGCGGCAGCAGUGUUGGGAGGAGUUACCCGAAUGACAGUGUCAUUGGUGGUCAUAAUGUUCGAACUAACCGGAGGCGUACGGUAUAUCGUACCGCUUAUGGCCGCUGCUAUGGCGUCCAAGUGGGUUGGAGAUGCAUUAGGAAGACAGGGCAUCUAUGACGCCCAUAUAGCACUCAAUGGAUAUCCUUUCUUGGACAGCAAAGAUGAGUUCCAGCAUACGACGCUAGCGGCUGAUGUGAUGCAACCAAAGCGCAAUGAAACACUUUCGGUGAUCACACAGGACUCAAUGACGGUGGAUGACGUUGAAACCCUUCUGAAAGAGACUGAACACAACGGCUUUCCGGUGGUUGUGUCUAAAGAAAACCAGUACCUCGUCGGCUUUGUUCUACGGAGGAAUCUGAAUCUUGCUAUAGCCAAUGCUCGGCGUAUGAUUGACAGUAUCACGGGUCAAUCGUUGGUGAUAUUUACGUCGGCACAACCUGUGCAAAGUCUGGGCCCAUCUCCGCUGAAGUUGAAGAAAAUCCUUGAUAUGGCACCAAUCACGGUAACGGAUCAAACACCGAUGGAAACCGUGGUCGAUAUGUUCAGGAAGUUGGGUUUAAGGCAAACGCUUGUGACACACAAUGGGCGUCUGUUGGGUGUAAUUACCAAAAAGGAUGUACUGCGACAUGUCAAACAAAUGGAUAACGAAGAUCCAAAUACAGUUUUGUUUAACUAAAAAAAACUGGCUUCCACUCACUCUGUUGUCCCUUACUUAACAAAUCUACUCAUUUACUAAGUUCGAAAUCUUCAAAGCAACAAAAAACAUUGAAUGCUUCUGGCAAUGAACACAAUUUUACUUCUGAUAUUUAUAUCUUUAAAGAACUGUUUGAUUUAGCUUUUUACUAAAGACAUAAUUAUGUGAAAUAAAACAACAGGAUAGAUGCAUUACUCAUAGUUACAUAUUUCUGUUAUCGAAUUUACCCUAGUUACAUAUACCUGUUUAUCAUUUAUUAGAAUUGAACGUAAAUAUUGGAAUCCGUUAAAUAAGGCUGUUUAUUGAGUAUUAGAUGCAGAUAGGCUGUAUGUAGAGAAUCAAAUACAUUAGAGGAAUUUUAUACAUUGUUACCCCAAUUUUUGUAAUGUAUAUUGAAACAGGUCGGCACUCGAUGUGACAUCGAAUGCAGUUUUGGCCACUUGUUCCUAUCCAAAUAGUAAAACAAUGGUAAUAGAUGGCUAAACUUGAGAAUAAAAAUGUCCGCGGUACCAUUAUUAACGCAAUAGACAGUCGAAAGAAACGCAAAACAACAGAUAAUAAAGUUGUAUAUUUAUGUAAUAAAAA